UGCAGACCGCAAACAGUCCACAGGGUUAAAAACCUCAGAGGUCCACGAUGAUGCCUCGUGAUGUUGUCCUGCUGCUGCUGGUUCUGUUUGGGGCGUCCAGCGGCUGCCUGCAGGACGCCCCCUCAGCCUACAAUCUGACCGGGGUUGUAUGCCGACUGACCUACCCCGCUGUUGCCGUCUUGAACGAGAAAACCACUAAAGUGAUCGAGGCGGCGUUUCAACAUGCUCGAUACCCGAGUAUGAACGGAGAGAAAUCCUUGCUGUUCAUCGGUAGAGUCCUGUACGGCCUCGACAAUUUGGAGAUUCACAACCUGUCGAUUGGUCGGAGUGCAUUCGAGCUGCUUCCGGGUGAAGGCAUUGCCAUGGAGAUCAGUAACGUAUCUGCAGUGUUUAAAGGAACCAUCCAGUAUGGAUACGGCAGCUGGCUAGUCAGCGUUGCACAAUCACUUGACUUUGAGAUCGAGUCUCAGAUUGAUCUCGGAAUCAACCCCAAACUUUACUGUGGUGAAGGUAAAGUGGCAGCAGAUACCUCUGACUGUUACCUGAACUUCCACAAACUUCACCUUCACCUGCAGGGAGACAAAGAGCCAAACUGGCUGAAGAAGCUCUUCACCGACUUCAUCACCUUCACCGUGAAGCUGGUCAUCAAAGGACAGAUCUGCAAGGAGAUCAACAAGGUGGCCAAUAUCCUGGCCGACUUCAUACAGGAACGGGCAGAACACUUCCUGAGCGACGGAAACAUCAGCGUGGAUGUCGGCGUGACGACGGCUCCUGUUAUUACCGCAAACUACAUCGAGUCCUAUCACAAGGGUUUGACCCACUACAACAACACGACUGCUGUGAUCAGCGACUCCGGUUUCCAUCCCAGUCAGCUGACCGAACACAGGAUGCUCUACUUCCGGCUCUCAGAUCACAUGUUGAAUCCGAUGCUCACCGCCGCCCACCAAGAUGGCCGCUUCCAGCUGAACGUCUCCGGAGACGAACUCGCUAACGCGUUCCAGAGCAACCUGUCCAGCAGCACACCUGAGUUCAUCACGCAGUGUUUGGCCGAUCCGUCGUCCUCGGAGCUCAGGGUUUGGAGCUCCUCCGUUCCCCGUCUGAACACGACCAGCGCCGGUUCCACCGUCUGGGCUCAGGCCUCCGCAGAGCUCCGCUGUGGAACCGAAGGAACGCCGACGCUCUCCUUCCAGACGGAUGUGGUCGUCGAUGUUACGGUUUCUUACUCUGAGAAGAAACUCUUCAUGCAGGGAGACGUCAGACAAAUCUCGCUGAUCAGAGCCGAGCUGCCGUUAAACGAUCAGCUGCUGCAGGAUGAGAAGCAACAAGAGUUCAUCAGAGAAGCUGUGAAGAAAGUCGGAGUUCCUAAAGUCCUGUCUGGUGAGAAACGCUUUUGA